UCACCUGACACUGAUGUCAGACUUUUUCGUUAUGUAGAGAAAAUUUCGUGAAAUAUAAAAAUACUUAGCAAUUUGCAUAAUCUGCUUUUAGAAUUAAAUAAUUUUUGUAGUAACAAAAUUGUUAUUGUUAUUCUAGUAUUAUUAUGAUAGUUUUAUAGAACGAUAUAAUUCACAAAAGAUAGCCAUUUGUUUUUUUUUUAAUUUCAAAAAUUUCGGGAUCGUGCAGAAAAAAAAAUUAGUUGAAGGCAUACAUCAAGAAAGGAUUCCGUAAAAUCAACCAAAAAUGGCCUUGAAGGAAAAUUUUAUUUCAUUAAUUUUGUUAUUUAUAGUAACUGUUAAUGCUGAACUAGUUCCAAACUACGAUAAUGUGGAAAGAGAACUGAAAGUAUAUGACAUUAAAUCUCCUCUCGUUCUUAGUUGUAAUAAUACAAAUGGUGAUUCAAGUGACCUCACAUGGGAAAAAGAUGGUAUUGAAGUAUCAAAAGUUGAUAGUAUAAAAGAUCGUUUUAGAAUUAUUGCAGCCGAAAAUAAAUUUAUUAUAGAAAGAACAAAUGAAAAUGAUAAUGGUACAUACACAUGUUCAGCAAACGGUGAAAGAAAAAAUAUAACGGUUGUAGCUAAUGUUGUUGUACGUGUUCCAUCAAAUGUUAAUGUCGUUGAAGGUGAAAAAUUAACAAUACAUUGUACAGCAGUUGGUACCGACGCUAAAAUUGUAUGGCAAAAUGGAAAUUCAACAAUUACAAAUACAACAGACAAAUUCAUUGUACAAGAUGAUGAAACUGGCGUAGAAAAUGCUAUACUUAUGAUCGAUAACGUUAGUUUAGAAGAUGCUGGUGAAUAUAAAUGUAUUGCUAAAAAUGCUGCAACAGAAUCUGGUAUUAAACGAGAAGCAACUGACACAUCAAUGGUACGAGUAAAAGGAAAAUUAGCAGCAUUAUGGCCAUUUUUGGGUAUUUGUGCAGAAGUUUUUGUUCUUUGUGCAAUUAUCUUAAUAUAUGAAAAACGACGUAACAAAACUGAACUUGAAGAAUCAGAUACCGAUAAUAAUGACCCCAAAAAGAAAAGAAGAAAUUACGAUUAAAAUUUAAACAACUUUACAAAAAUCUAAAAAAAAAACAAGGAAGAAAAACAAACUAAAUAGAACGUUUGCUGCUUAAGCAGCAAGAUACACAACUUAAGUAGAAAGUCGAUAAGUAAAACUAAAAAUUUAUAUACCUUUGUAUUUUUUGUUUUUAUUUUACUUUUUGGUUAUUUAUACAUAUGCAUAUAUAAUAUGCAUAUUUGUAUAUACUAAUUUUAUUUUUCAUUUUAAUAAGCACAGUCUUUUUUUCAUUUGAAAAAUUUCAAAAGAAAUAGUUUUAUGAGAAUAAAUUUAACAUGUUGAAACCAAAUACCUAAAUUUUGUUUAGGUAAACGUUUUUUGUAAAGCAAUAAAAUAUUAAAAACGAGAUACCAAAAAAAGUGAAUUAAAAUUGAAAAAUAAAAGUGUAAAAAAAUAAGGAAACUUAACAUUUUUAGAAUAACUAUAUCUUUGCUAUAAGUUUAUUUUACAACUUAAGUAUUUAUAAUAUGUUGACAUAUUUUGUUCAAAUUGAAAACAACUCAUUAAAAAUUUAAUA